CACAACUUUGACACUAAUGUGUGUUAUUUAGACAUAGCACUCUACCUGUUUUCCUCAACGUUUGCAUGUACAAUCUUAAUAAGCUUGAUACUACUUCAUAUGACAGACUUCACUGGAAAUUUAAGUAUGGCUACUAUGUGAUUCGUUCAUGGUUUGGAGAACAGUGGUGCCAUUUAAGGGACCAGGAGGAGAAAUACAAGUGCGAUGCCUUCAUUUCCUACAACUCAGCAGAUGAAGAUUGGGUAAUGGAACAGCUGCUGCCAAACCUUGAGAGUUCUUCAUUUCCGCUCUGCCUCCACCACAGAGAUUUCACGCUUGGCCGCAAUAUUGUCGACAACAUUGUGGCUGCCAUAUACAGCAGUCGCAAAACGAUCUGUGUGGUAUGUCAGAGAUUCCUUCGCAGUAAAUGGUGCUCACUGGAGAUCCAGCUGGCCAGCUAUCAUCUCUUUCAAGAAAUGCAGGAUGCUUUUGUUGGUUUUCUGGAACCUAUCACCUGUUAUCACCGUAUGAGGAAGGUCAUGCUCAAAAAUACUUAUUUGCAAUGGCCUGGGUCAAACUGUUUUCAUCCAAACAGUGCAAAAGAACUGUUCUGGAAUCAGUUAAAGAGAGCACUAAGGAGCAGCAACACUAGAAGCCAAGAGCAGCAGAAUGAUCAGAGGAGACGAGACAAAGAAGGUACAGACAAGGAAGAAAGAGAAUAUUUUAUGAAUCAGACACCAAUAAAUGAUGAAGUACAUUACCUGAUCCCCUGAUUACAAUGCCAUAUUGAUAUUUGCAUAGGGACGUAUCUUCAUAAUUAUUUUUAAUAGUAUUAUUGUUCUUGAAUUUGUUUCAUUGUUAUGAACACAGAUGUGGGCGUGGUUGUUUUUACUCUGCCUCUCUCUUUCUCUGCUGCUCUUUCGGGCAUUUAUCACCACCUGUAGCUCAUUUGUAAAAGCGUGCCUGAAACCGAGAGGAUACUGUGGCAGUUCAUACUAGGAGACACACUUCUCCCCUGCUCGACUGAACUUUGUGCUUGUUUUUUCAUGCAGAGACAAUAGUUGUGUAUUAACAGUGGCUAAUUAAGCAUUAACUGUUAAUUGCUGUUGUUCCAGGUUGAGAUUGAGCAAAAGGUAUUGUGGCUCUUUUGUCUCGGGUGAUUUUAAUUACUAGCAUGUGUGUUAAAAGGGAUGCUGUAGGGGGAGAGUGCCUUUUUCUUUUUAUAUUGCCUUUUGCUUCUGUUUUUGUACAACAAGGGAGGUGAGGGAAGUUGGCUGUAUAUUUCUUUUCUUUUCAUUAAAGUUAGUUAGAACUCCUUCUUAAAUUAGUUAGUGAACUAUUUUGUUUGUUAUUUUAGGCCCUGCUCAUCUGAGCAUUUGCUCCCAUUUACAUUAUGUUUUUUUCUGUCUUGUAUAUAAAAUGAUUUCUGUUUAAACAGUAUGUAUCAACUGGUGUCAUAUUCAUUCUGUGACAGAGGAUUGAUUUAUGUUCUCACGAUUCGUUUCCUCUGUACUUUUUUUUCUUUCUUUGUUA